AUGAGAGGACCUACGGCCAAGUCCUUCAAGCAAGGCUUCCUCAGGAGCUUCCUCGUCAGCCUCAAAUCUUGCAGAAAUGGCGACAUGAGCCUACAAGAGAGGAAGCGCGCCGUCAGGUCGUCGGCCGACGCUGCAAUGGCUACCGCCCGCGGCGGCGGAGCCAUGUGGCCACAGGCCCUCCUAGCAUCAUCAUCAUCAUCGCCGCCUACGUCGUCGUCGUGGCCUAGGAUGUUGCCUGCAUCAGCCAAGGUGAAGACCACGAGGUGCAAGAGCACGGCGAGGAGGUGCUGUCGACCGAAGAGGAGUAGCAGCGAGAUGAUCGCGAGGAGGCUGGUGAGGAAACGGACCAAGAUCUUGAGGGGGAUGGUGCCCGGCGGCGAGCUCCUGGACGGCGUCUCGCUGCUCCGCGAGGCCAUGGACUACGUCGUCCACCUGCGCGCGCAGGUCGCCGUGCUCCGGCGCGUCUCCAACGCCAUGCACCACAUGGCAGGAGCUGUUGCACCACCUGUGCAGUUGAAGGUGGAGACGGCUCACCUCUCGGAUGGAAACCAAGGAUAG